AUGGACGCAGACACCCGAUCAGCAGUUGAACACGAGCUGCGAAGAUUGCGCCGCGAACACGAGGAAGAACUCGCGCGAAACAACAUCCAUUUCAACGUCAAACCACCAAGAGCUGAACUCCGCAAGUGCUUUAUUCACAACGCCGUGCCUUUCGUGGGAUUUGGAUUUUUGGAUAAUUUCAUCAUGUUGAUUGCUGGCGACGCGAUCGAGAGUUACUUCGGGACGUACUUUCACAUUUCUGUUCUGGCCGCUGCUGGAUUAGGAAACACACUUUCUGACACUAUUGGCAUCGUUACCGGUGAUCUCGAAAAUUAA